GUAGAGCAGCGGCUGGUGAUUUUGCCAUGUUGACGGCGAGCUGUCGGGGUUUGCGCUUGAAAAACAGCGGAGCAGUUUUGCGGAGGGUCGUUUCUAAGCUGCCCCAUGCCCGUCCGUCCCUGACCACCAAGAGACUCUGCCAGGCGCCGGCGUAUUACGUCACCACGCCUAUCUUCUAUGUGAACGCGGCUCCUCAUCUCGGCCAUGUGCACUCUGCGGUCAUAGCUGACUGUCUGUACAGAUACCGGACACUGCAGGGACUCAGCUGCAGGUUCGCUACAGGUACUGAUGAGCACGGGCUUAAGAUCCAGCAGGCAGCUGCCGCUGCGGGUAAAGACCCCCUGAGCUUCUGUACCGAGGUGUCAUCCAGGUUUAAGGAGGUGUUUAGAAGUUGUAGUGUUUCGUACACGGACUAUGUGCGGACCACAGAGGACAGACAUCGGCGGGCAGUGGAGCAUUUCUGGACCGUGCUCCUCAACAACGGGUUCAUCUACAAAGGGAGUUAUGAAGGCUGGUAUUCCACGCCGGAUGAAAGCUUUCUCACGCCAACUCAAGUGACCGAGGGAACUGAUUCUUUGGGGAGGGAGAUCAAAGUCUCCACAGAGAGUGGACAUAAGGUGGAGUGGAUGAAAGAAGACAACUACGUGUUCCGCCUCUCUGAUUUUCGUACCGAGCUGCACGACUGGUUGAAGGCAAACCCAAAAGCCAUUCAGCCAGAAAAGUUUUAUCAUCUCGUCCUUCAGUGGUUGGAGAACGAUCUGCCUGAUUUAUCAGUGUCGCGGCAGAGAAGCCGUCUGCAGUGGGGCAUUCCGGUUCCUGGAGAUCCUGAACAGACAAUCUACGUGUGGUUGGACGCUUUGGUGAACUAUCUGACAGUUGCGGGUUAUCCUGAGAAGCACUCGCAGUGGUGGAGCGGCGUCCAUCACGUUGUAGGUAAAGACAUCUUAAAGUUCCAUGCCAUAUAUUGGCCGGCAUUCCUCUUAGCCGCAGGUCUGCCCCUUCCUCAGGCUAUAUAUGUGCACUCUCACUGGACAGUACAGGGAAAGAAGAUGUCCAAAAGUCUUGGGAAUGUGGUGGACCCCCUUGAGAGGUCACAAAGGUUCACAGUGGACGGCCUGAGAUACUUUCUUCUGAGACAGGGGGUUCCAGACACGGACUGCGAUUACGACGAUGACAAAAUGGUGAAGUUGUGCAACAGUGAACUGGCUGACUCUCUUGGGGGUCUUCUCAAUCGAUGUACUGCACCCUCUCUCAACCCAGAGCAAGUAUACCCUCAGUUCUGUGACACAUCCUUUCAAGGUUUCAGAGGGCUCAGUGGGAGAGCUGUGUUAGAGGAUCAUAAGAUGGUCAAGGCUGUGUCUGAGCUCCCUGCUUUGGUGACGGAGAACUUUGAGAACCUACAUGUAUACAAAGCACUGGAAGCUAUUAGUGGGUGCGUGCGCCUGACCAAUGGCUUCAUCCAAAGACACGCUCCAUGGAAGCUUAACUGUAGUGAAACCGAGGACAGACUCUGGCAUGACACCAUACUUCAUGUGUCCAUGGAGUGUCUCAGGAUCUAUGGCAUUCUCUUGCAGCCAGUUGUACCAGGACUGGCAGACAAGAUCCUCUCCAGGUUAGGGGUGAGGCCUGGUGAAAGGAGCUGGGACCACGCACUUGAUUUCCUGUCUAAGUAUGAAGGGAGAGACUGUCCUUAUGAAGGAAGGGCAUUAGGUCCAGACACUGGGGUGCUUUUUGAUCGCCUAGAGAGGAACAAACUCCAAGUGAACUCCAAAAAAACAGGAAAACCAGCAAAAGCAAGGCCUCAGUAGUUUGUUUAAAUCCUGUAAUGUUAAAUCUUGCAGUGCUGCAGUAGGAACUUUAACCACUAGAGGGAGGCAGAGGUCAGUCAUCUUUUGUUAAGUUAAUGAUAAUAGCAGGGACACUUUGUUGUUUUGAGGUAAUAAAUAU